AGGUAAGAAGUGAGAAAGCAUGGCAGCUAGAAUGAACACCCUCUCCCUUCUGAACCCUUCUCACGUCUCUCUGCGCCCCAGAGAUUCUCGAUUCUCUCCCAGGCCCCUCAGAUUCUACUCUUCUCCGAACCCUAACCGCAGAGCUUUGUUCUGCACAUGCUCCACCACAAAUGGCGAAUCCUUUGUCCUCACAACCCCUCUCUACUACGUCAAUGCCCCUCCCCAUAUGGGCAGCGCCUACACCACCAUCGCCGCCGAUGCCAUUGCUCGCUUUCAGCGGCUAUUGGGAAAGAAAGUUAUAUUCAUUACUGGCACCGAUGAACAUGGAGAGAAAAUUGCAGCUGCUGCAAUGGCCCAGGGUUCCAUCCCACUUGAUCACUGCAAUCUCAUCUCACAAGCUUACAAGACACUGUGGAAAGAUUUAGAUAUUUCCUACGACAAAUUCAUUAGAACAACUGAUAGUAAGCAUGAAGCAAUUGUGAAGGAAUUUUAUUCAAGAGUGCUCGCCAAAGGUGACAUUUAUCAAGCGGAUUACGAGGGACUUUAUUGUGUGAACUGUGAGGAAUACAAGGAUGAGAAGGAAUUGCUUGAGAAUAAUUGCUGUCCUGUUCACCUAAAGCCAUGUGAUUCUAGGAAAGAGGAAAACUAUUUCUUUGCACUUUCAAAAUACCAGAAGUCAUUAGAGGAAGCUUUGAAUAAAAACCCGAAUUUUGUGCAACCUUCUUUCCGUUUAAACGAGGUUCAAAGCUGGGUUAAAGGUGGCCUUAGGGACUUCUCUAUUUCACGAGCAUCAGUUGAUUGGGGAAUCCCUAUUCCCAAUGACAGAAGUCAAACUAUAUAUGUAUGGUUUGAUGCUUUACUUGGCUAUAUAUCAGCGCUAUCUGAUGAGCAGGAGCAGCCUGAUCUACUAAAUGCUGUUUCUUCAGGUUGGCCAGCUGCAUUGCACUUGAUUGGUAAGGAUAUUCUACGCUUCCAUGCUGUUUACUGGCCAGCUAUGCUGAUGUCUGCUGGACUAAGUCUUCCUAAAAUGGUUUUUGGGCAUGGAUUCUUGACAAAGGAUGGCAUGAAGAUGGGAAAGUCACUAGGGAAUACUCUUGAACCAAAUGAAUUAGUUCAUAGAUUUGGGACAGAUGCAGUUAGAUACUUCUUCCUCAGAGAGGUGGAAUUCGGCAGUGAUGGAGACUAUUCAGAGGAACGCUUCAUCAAUAUUGUGAAUGCACAUCUUGCCAACACAAUCGGAAAUCUUCUUAAUCGUACACUGGGACUUCUAAAAAAGAACUGCCAAUCAACUCUGGUGGUUGAUUCUACUACUGCGGCGGAAGGAAAUGAAUUCAAAGACAACGUAGAGAAGCUGGUUGAUAAAGCUCGUAUGCACUAUGAGAAUCUUUCCCUGUCAUCAGCUUGUGAAGCUGUUCUUGAGAUUGGUAAUGUUGGUAAUUUCUAUAUGGAUGAGCGAGCACCAUGGUCUCUGUUUAAGCAAGGUGGGACUGCUUCUGAAGCAGCUGCGAAGGAUCUUGUAAUUAUAUUGGAGACGGCGAGAAUUAUUGCAAUUGCAUUACUUCCUGUUACACCGAGCUUGAGUUGGAGAAUAUACGAACAGCUUGGCUAUUCCCGGGACCAAUUCGAUGCAGCAACUUGGGGAGACACAAAGUGGGGCGGGCUUAAAGGUGGGCAAGUCAUGGCUCAACCAAAACCAGUCUUUGCAAGGAUUGAAAACCAAACUGAAGCUGUGGACAAAGGUGUUGCAGUUGGAAAGACAAUGAAAAGUAAAGGCAAGAAGAUGAAACAAGCCCAGCAAGUCGCCGGGGCUUAGAUAUCACAACUUGGUUGCAUUUCCCUCUCUCUCUCUAAUUUUGAGCCUCUUGUAAAAACUAAUUUUUUGCUAAUAUAUGUAUUCAAAUAUUUGGACACAUGCGUAUGCAAAAACAGCAUAAGUUUCUAAUGUAUAUGUAUGUAUAUAAAUU